CGUUCCGUGUGUGGGCUUGAGCGGUAAUUGAAUGGGCCGUCCGGUACCUUCGACAGCACACAGUUGACCUAACUUUGGGAGCUCUCGCAGAUUCCGGCGGCGACGGCGGCAGCAGCGACCAGCAUGGCAGCCAUCCACUUUCCUUGAGGAGGUCGGUGAGUGUUUGGUGCCCGCCCCGGUGGUGGCGGAGCCCAUAGCGGUCGGUACGGUAGUGGAGCUUGAGGUGGCGUCGCAAAAGAUGCUGGAUCAGGCGCAACCGGAGCCGGAUGGUCCGGCUUUCACAGCGAAGGCACAAAUCUUGCCGGGCAGUGAAGCGGCGGCGGAGAGGAAAGACAGUUCUCCACCCAGUUCGGAGCUGUCAACUGGGAAGAUGAACCCCCGAGCGCCUGGAUGGAAUAAGAGGUUGAGGACCGUUGCUGCAACUCCAAGCCGCCCACCUUGCCCAAACCGCACCAAUGCAUUUGAGAAGGCCGUUCGUAGCUAUGCCGAAAACCCAACUGAGAAUGUAAUAACCCCAACUGUCGGCACAUCAUUCGACUCGGUUGGGGAGGCAUACGACUUUUACAAUUUGUAUUCAUGGGAAAAGGGCUUUGGUAUUCGAUACAGUAAGAGCCGACUGAAUGUUGAGAGGACGAAGUGCAUGCAGGAAAUAGUCUGUGGUUGCUCGGGGAAAGCUGGUGUGGAGAACACAAGGUCAUGUCGUUGCGAAUGCCCUGCUCUAAUAAUGGCUGGACCAAUGCAUCAGAGGCAAGUGGCGAAUGCAACGACUGCUGUGUCAAGGCAUAAUGCCAUUGAUGCAGGUCCCCCGGGCUUCGGGCGUAGCACGGCCACAUCUGUUGGUGUGCAACAGACAGAAGGAGAUGAAAAUGAAAUGGGGAAUAUCUUGCAAGAGAUCACAGAAAUGCAAGCUACUGCUGUAGAUGGGGGGAGAAGACAUGUAAUUUCAUCGUGCAAAAAUAUAACGAUUGGCAUGGAGUGUGCUAGAGCCAGGAAUGUCACUGUGAAACAUGAGAAUGAUGAGGAUAGCUGUAGACAGCCUCGUGUGCUAGACAUUGACGGGAAGUGUGCGAGGAAGCUCCAGAAAGAGCUGGACGAGGAAUUUGGCAAAUGAUGAUCAGGUUGCAUGUAUGUAUCAGAAGAUGUAUGACCAGAAUGGUGAGUGGGAUACAAAUACAAGUAGAUGUUUUUUUGUAGAAAUGAUGGCCAUGUUGCGGGUAGCUAAUGUCUUUGUGUCUUUU